AAAGUUCAGCCUUUCUCAAAUACCCCUCUUUGUCAGUGGCCGACUACCUUACCAUUCACAGAUCAGAUAUACAUUCUCACAAUUGAGUCUGUAAAUUUUUACAUAUACUCGAGUAUACUGAAUCAUUUUCAACACACCGCUCAAAAAUGCUUGACCUUGCCGAUUUUAUCACCGAUCGCGGUGGUAACCCGAACAGAAUCAAGGACAGCCAGCGCAAAAGAUAUGCACCCGAACAUGUUGUCGAUGAAGUCCUUAAUUUGUAUGAAGAGGCAAGAAAGGCACGCUAUGAAGUCAUGCAGAUCAAUUCCCAGCUCAACGCGCUCCAGAAAGAGAUCGGAAAGAUGAAGAAGAACAAGGAAGACGCGGGCUCCUUGAUGGAACAAAAGGCUGGCCUUGAGCAGCGUAAGAAAGAUGCCGAGGAACUUGCCGUCCAGAAAGAAUCGCAGAGGGACAAGAAGAUCCGGACAAUUGGCAACAUUGUGCAUGAUUCAGUUCCCGUUAGCAACAACGAGGAUGACAAUGUUGUGGUCAAAUCUUGGGUGCCAGAAAAUGUGAAGGUCGAGAAGCGCGAUUGUCUGUCUCAUCACGAGGUGCUUACACGUCUUGACGGUUUCGACCCAGAGCGUGGUGUCAAGGUCGUCGGCCACCGUGGGUACUGCUUGACGGGAUAUGGUCUCUUCUUAAACCUUGCGCUCAUCAACUACGGGCUCGAGUUUCUCUGGGGAAAGGGCUAUAAACCAAAUCAGCCUCCCCAAUUCAUGCUCAAGGAUAUGAUGGCGAAGACCGCGCAGCUUGAGCAAUUUGAUGAGGAGCUCUACAAAGUCACAGAAAGUGAGGACAAAUCCACUGAUAAAUAUCUCAUUGCCACUUCAGAGCAGCCUCUGUCAGCAUUGCAUGAUGGGGAGUGGCUUCAAGACAAAGACCUCCCGAUCAAGUAUGCUGGGUAUAGCACGUGUUACCGCAAGGAGGCAGGCGCGCAUGGGAAAGAUGCGUGGGGUAUUUUCCGAGUUCAUCAAUUCGAGAAGAUCGAGCAAUUCGUUCUCACAAAACCGGAAGACUCUUGGCAGGCUUUUGAAGAGAUGAUGGCUACAUCGGAGGAGUUCUAUCAGUCCCUUGGACUGCCAUAUCAGGUGGUAGCAAUUGUCUCUGGGGCAUUGAACAACGCUGCCGCAAAGAAAUACGACCUAGAAGCCUGGUUUCCCUUCCAAGGGGAGUAUAAAGAAUUGGUUUCCUGCUCCAACUGCACUGAUUACCAAUCGAGGGCGCUCGAGAUUCGUUACGGCAUUAAAAAAGCCACCGAUGUCAAAAAGUCCUAUGUUCAUGCUUUGAAUGCUACUCUCUGUGCCACUGAACGAACACUUUGCUGUGUCCUCGAGAACUAUCAGACUGAAGAUGGUAUCAUUGUCCCGGAACCCCUCAGGAAAUACAUUCCAGGAAUGCCCGAGUUCCUUCCAUUCACAAAGGAGCUUCCUAAGGACAGUACCUCUCAGAAGUCCAAGGCCAAGCAGGCUUCGAAGAGCGCGAAUAGUGCGGAAGACGCUGCCAAGAAGUUGCAAAACCUCCAGGUCUGAGUGCUUUCGUCCGCAACAUCUCACUACCUAUUCAAAUCAAGAAAUGAUCUUUCUGCGGCCCAAAUGCAAAUGGUUGUGGCUAACCCUCAAGCUUCAAUGUCAUAGAUAUGAAGCUGAGAUGUCUUGGUCUUAUACCGGCGGCAGAGCUUACUUUUAGAAUUCGUCUUGCUUUCAUUAAUUAUUUGUGCAAUUUGCUUAACU